AUUAAUUUCAGAGAGAUGCUGAGAUUCAUCUCCCUGUGCUUGAGUCGAAGGAAGGGGUUUAUAUCAGCAUGCUUGAUAUGGAUGGCCUUCAUGAUUGGUGGUUCAAGUACAGGUUUCCAUUCUCAACUUAUAACUAACACCUUUUUUUCUUCUUUUUUUUUGAAGUUCAUAUCUUUCGUUGUUUAAAUUAUAUAUCCAUAUCCGUAUACUACAGAUACUGGCCAAACAAUAGCAGCAGGAUGUAUGUGCUUGAAUCUACUGGGGAAUUUGUCUACACUCAUGGCCUGGAAACUGACGAUUACAUCCUCGUGUACCAGAAUGUUGAAGACGGAAAAUAUGUGAUUGAAGCAAGGAAGAAAGAAGAACAAGAUGCACCAAGGAUAUUAUUGAAUGAGGUUGUCAUUCGUGAACCCACUGCAACUGACAUGGCACUCUCUCUUAUUGAUGAAGGCAUGGAAGCUUUAUACGAAUACAAUGCUACCUUCAUGGAUGACACUCCCCUUGACUAUCUUGGAGGACCAAUCACCUUACCAAGUCUUGGGAUCAACUCCUCCACUUAUGAAGCCAUUGACAACUUCAACUACAAUAAUGCUCCAGACUUCUAA